AGCACCUGGAGGAAUGGGCGGGCCUGGGGGGAGCAUUGGGGGCGGCAGAAUGGGUGGCAGAGGGAUGGGCGGUGGAGGCAUGGGUGGCGGAGGGAUGGGCGGCGGAGGGAUGGGUGGCGGAGGGAUAGGCGGCGGAGGGAUGGGCGGCAGAGGGAUGGGUGGCGGAGGUAUGGGCGGUGGAGGUAUGGGCGGAGGAGGGAUGGGCGGCAUAGGCAUGGGCGGAGGAGGGAUGGGCGGCGGAGGGAUGGGCGGUGGCGAUUUGGGCAGCGGCGGAAUGGGCGGCGGAGCCAAGGAAUCUUGAAGACUGGAUAGCCUUGGACA